ACUUCCGGAAGGUGGGGCUUUUGUUGCAGGAGUGGUUAGCUUUUGGAGAAACCAAUGCCCCGACAUGCUCUAUUAAUGCAGUCAUCAAGAUAACAUUAACCGAAGGGCAGAAAUACAAACUCCUGCUUUGGUUUUGUCCGAGUGUCUGGUUGGGUGUGGUGUGCGUAUGUGUGUGAGUGUGUGAAAGAUACACAAAGAAGAAUCCAGUGAUGGCUACCGGUAAAAGUAAAAACCAGAGCUCCCUGGCACUGCACAAGGUGAUAAUGGUGGGAAGUGGAGGCGUGGGGAAGUCGGCCCUCACCCUGCAGUUCAUGUAUGAUGAGUUUGUGGAGGACUAUGAGCCCACCAAGGCAGACAGCUACAGGAAGAAGGUGGUUCUGGAUGGGGAGGAGGUCCAGAUCGACAUUCUGGACACAGCCGGCCAGGAGGACUACGCUGCCAUCAGGGACAACUAUUUUCGCAGUGGGGAGGGCUUCCUGCUGGUUUUCUCCAUCACAGAGCAAGAGUCCUUCUCGGCCACUGUGGAGUUCAGGGAGCAGAUCUUGCGGGUGAAGGCGGAAGAGGACAAGAUCCCUAUCCUUGUGGUCGGGAACAAGUCGGACCUGGAGGACCGUCGGCAGGUAUCUGUGGAUGAGGCUCGAGGGAAGGCCGAGGAGUGGGGAGUCCAGUAUGUCGAGACAUCAGCCAAAACCAGGGCCAACGUCGACAAGGUAUUCUUUGACCUGAUGCGCGAAGUACGAGGGAAGAAAAUGUCAGAAAACAAAGACAAAAACGGAAAAGGAAAAAACAAAAAGAACAAGAAGAGCUUCAAAGAAAGAUGCUGUUUACUUUGAACCCUGCAUGGACCGUAACAACCCACAAUGCAACUGUUAAGUUGGUGAACAAAGCAGAGCGUCCUUGCCAUUCAAAUGAAAUGUUAUCCUUUUUUCUUUUCUUUUAUAAUUGGGUUUAGUUUAGUGUUUAGAACAAUCAACUAUUUUUUAUUUUUUUAUUAAUGAAAUCUGAGUUGCUGUUCCAUUGGAAGAUAACCACUGUUGUGACUGACUCGGACUGCAGUGCUUGAUGGCUCGCAGUAAGCCAAUGACCAAACUGCCACUGACACUAACUUUGCUGCUUAAGACAUUCUCCACUAUUAAACUCAGCGACUAAACUGCCCUUGACUUUGAUUCAGUGUGUUUUACACCAGAAUGGUUGAGUCUUUGUUAAGUUAACAGUGCUAAUUCAUUUCUUUACCUGCUCUAAAUCUUAACCUGCGUGAUUCUUAGUCUGUUCGUAUAGAUCCCUUGAAUCUCUACAUCAAUUUACAAGGAACUCAAAUGCUGCUGUCUGUCCUUUUUGUAAUCAUUUACGAUGACACUUAAUGUCAUGUCUAUUGAAGAUGUUGGCCUCAUUCAUUCGUCUGUCCAGACUCAUCGUUACGACUGGAGAGCAGUUUUGGAGUGGCUGUUGAAACUGAACGCUUCAAACGUUUUCAUUUUUGAGCCCUUGAGGCUGCUGUUCUUUUAGUUUUAGGCCAUCCAAGGAGUUAUAAUUUUCUGACCACAAAAGAAACGUAGCAGUGAGACGACUCGUUGUCAAACAGGGUUAUCAGCCAUUUAAUAUGAUAACUGCAAAUCAACCCAGAAGUUUCUUCGCAAUUGUUCAGAAGGAUUGCUGCAAGAUAAUGUCUUUGGUGAUUGUAAAACAAAUUUAUGAUGAGUUAAUUUAUCUCUUGGCUUCCUGUAGAUAUUAUAACAUAAAUAUUAUUGUUAGAUAUUCUGAGGCUGUGAAAAGAAGGUUGUAAUGUGGUUACUAGUAUUUCUUUUUUUUAAUGUUAUGUUCAUGUAAUCUGGCCCGUCUCACAUCGCGGAUUACUUCCUGUUUUACAUGACUGUUGAAAUGUUCAGUCUGUACUGUGAGACAGGUGUUGACAAUCCAGCAGGCCAUCAUGAUUCUGGUCCACGAUGGCAUUAUAAUCAAUAACUUCUUUUUCGUUUUUCUUUUUAUACGUUGGUCUUUUUAAUAACAUGCACUACAUUGCCAAUACCUAAGAAGUAGACUUCAUGCCUCGCGCUGGAGAUUUCUAAACAAUUUGUGCCAACAAAAUUUCAAUGUUUGUGGAUGUACAGUAUGUAUGCUUAUUAACUUGUGUGUGUGUGUGUGUGCGCGCAUUCACCAGAAAAUCCUACUACUUUUCUGUGUCUCUAAGUGAAGCUUUGAAGAGGGCGCCAACUUCUUAACUGUUGUUGAAUCAAGUGCUACAGUGAACAAGAUGUUUUUACCACUGCCUAAACCCUUGUUUGUAACCCUCCCUUUUUCUUUCACUUCCUACUGCUGUGAGUAUGCUUUUAUCUCUCUGCAGCGGGAGUGUUGCCGAAUAAAUGCCUUUUCUUUUCUUUGUAA